AACAGCGGGGCUGGUGAGAGGGAAGGCUUUAGCCAUGUAUCCUUUUGGGGAGCAAUGGAUGUCUUCAGCUGUUGGUUGGCAGGCAGAAAUCAACAGGUGAAGCUCUGCAGCAGCAGUGCAGUGAUCCGGAAAGGUGCUUUGUUGAACUUCGGCCUGCUUUGCAUCACUGGCCGUUUUCACACGUCUUACUGCGCAAAAUCGUGCAAAACUCCCGGAAUGACGGCGUCUUCCUGGCGCGAUUACCCAUCAUGACUCCGUGCCACAAACCCGCUGCCCCUUCCGUCGCAACCCGCCUGCCUCCAUGGUCCACGCGUUCUUGAUCCACACCAUUCGCUGCCGGCCAGGAGAUGAGGCGGGGCACUGCCGAGUGCUCUAUUCAAGGGUGUUCGGUCCUGAAAGACUGGAUGACGGCGGAUACCAGGAUGUUGAGAAGGAGCGGCUGGGCAGGAAGGAACAGAUCCUGGCUGUAGCAAGGCAAGCAGAGUCGGCGUGCAAAUUACAUCAACAGGCCUCUGGGAAGCCCCACCCUGAGCACCUCAUCCAGCUGCCUGAUGAACCCAUUUCUCUACAGGAUGCUCCCUCGGGGGUCUUCCGUCUCCCUCCGGGGGACCCCUUCUGCGAGAGCAAGACUGUGCUCUGGCUGGGUGUCCAGUGCCUAGGCUUUGCUCUGGUCUGCGACCUGCACGAGAACCUGAUGCUUGCCGAGAGCAACCUGCGGCUGCUCGUGAAGGGGCUGCUGGAACACCUCAAGCUGCUGAGCUCGGGGAGUGAUGUAGUACUCAAGGCCGACAAGACCGAAGUCCUCCUCGAGAAGUUCCUGCCGCACGGCCAGCUGCGCUUCCUGAAUGAGCAGUUUGUGCUGAGCCUGGAGAAGGAGGUGGCUAAAUAGAAGGGCUGGGCACCCAACUGAAUGCUCGCCUGGGCUGAGCGGGAGCCUCGCUGGUGGCGUCUGUAGCCAGGGGCCGGCAGUUGGCUUCUGUGUCACGCUCUGCAGCACCAUGAUGGUGUGAUACAAAAACUUUGGAGGGGAGGAAAGGAGGUAAUUCAGCAGGCACUCGUCGCCUCCUUCUGCAACCCAAAUACUAGUCUGUUCCCUGUCUCCUCACUACAUAACCCCAUCCUGUCCUGCCUGUUAAAAACAGCUUUGCAACAGCGAAUUUUGUGUGUUCAAAGUAUUUCCCUUACACAGUCAAUGUUUACAACCAUCCUGCAUGCAGGUGUGUUGCCGAGGUGCAAUGGUUCUUUUACAUUUGAGGUUACUUGAUUGGCCCAAAAGGAGAUGGGGUGGUGGUUCCUGGGAAUAUUUCCAAACAGGUAAGAGAGUGAAAGUGUCCAGGUAAGGAGAAUGUGUAUCCCAAGGCUUUUCUGGUUACCUCCUGAACUGAUGUUGUGGCAGCCAAUCCCAAAUAGUCCAGUUACAUUAUUGUGAAAGUCUAACAUUUUUGUUGGAAAGGGAAAUACGGCAAGAUCCUUUCAUAAUAAAGGAAAAGUCU